UCAAAAACUCAAAAGCGAAAACUGGCGAAAACUCAAAACUUUGAUUUUGUUUGUUGGAUUUUGUUGUUGAUACUUACCUACUUUUGUAUUUUCUAUUAUGAACUGCGUGAAAUAUUCAUUAUAAACCGUGUGGAUAAUUUACUCAACUAUUCAUAUAAGUCAUUUUUUUAAUAAAUACCGAAUUAAUACUCCUUUUUAUUGUUUUCUGACAAUAAAAUAAACUAUUCAUUAUGGUGGGGCUAGAUGCCGAUAUGAAUAGGGACGAGGACUGUGAUAAUAUUGGCUUAGGAUGUGCACUGGAGCAUUUCUCCGAAAUCGAGGAUGUUAUGAAUAUGAUAGAAAACGUAAAAAAUAUAUAUAACACCUCUACUUUUGAAGUGGAAUAUGAAAAAUUGUAUGGUAUACUGAAACAGUAUUAUGAGCAGCCGCAUCUUCUCGACCCCCACUUGGAUAGAAUGCUGGCGAAGUUUAUGGAAAUCAUUAAAGACAAGUCAUCGCCUUCAGAAUUGAAACAUGCUGCUUUUAAUUAUAUGUAUCAAGUUAUACGUGUUCGGGGAUAUAAAGUGGUUGUGAGACAUCUUCCACAUGAGGUGUCUGAUCUUCUGACUGUUCUCACAUUCCUUGAAGAGCAAGACCCAAAUGACAAAGAAACAUGGAGAGGCAGAUUUGUUUUAUUGUUAUGGCUGUCAAUAGUUGUGAUAAUUCCAUUUCAUAUGAGUCGUUUAGAUGGAUUUGCUCCAGACCAGCCAGGUGCAGGAACAUCAAAGAAAUUGACUGUAAUGGAAAGAAUCUUCAAUAUCUGUAAAACAUAUGCCAUGAGUAAAGAUACUUGUGCCGAAGCAAGUGCUUAUUUAGCAUCAAAGUUUCUGAUAAGGUCUGAUGUAAAAGAAAUGUACAUGGGAGCAUUUUUCAACUGGGCUUGCGAUCUAAAUUCCAAUCUACAAGAUGAGGAUAUGAUCCACUAUGGAGUGUUAGCCGCAGUGGCCGCAGUUUUAAAGCAUGGGAAAAGAGAUGAUUUGCUCCCAUAUGCACCUAAACUAUUGGAAUGGGUCACAAAUCAAAACUACAAACAACACAAGGCUAUGUUGGUGCGCAAAUAUGGUGUGAAAAUUGUUCAAAGGAUUGGUUUAACAUUCCUCCGUCCGCGUGUCGCGGCCUGGCGGUAUACUCGAGGAUCGCGAUCUCUAGCUGUCACGCUCGGCGGUGUGGCAGCUGCUGGAGACACGGAGCCUGUCACGUCACCACCUGAUGAUGAUGAUCAGGAUAUACCACAAGAAGUGGAAGACGUAGUAGAACUACUCCUCUGUUCUCUCCGCGAUGACGACACGGUUGUCCGUUGGUCAGCUGCGAAGGGCGUAGGGCGUAUCGGAGCUCGGUUGCCCGCGCUGGCCGCCGCCGACGUGUGCGAGUGCGUGCUGACGCUGUUCGCGGAGCACGAGCGGGAUACUGCGUGGCACGGCGGCUGUAUGGCACUCGCUGAGCUUGCUCGUCGCGGUCUCCUCUCACCCCAACAACUGGGCGGUGCUGUGCGGUGCGCAGCUCGUGCACUCGGUCGUGACGAAGCUCGUGCGGGCGGCGGUGCGGGCGGGGCCAGAGCGGCCCGGGACUCCGCCUGCCACGCCGCUUGGGCGUUCGCACGGGCGUAUGAUGCGCAGGCGCUUGAACCGCACGCCACGCUGCUGGCCAAUGCGUUGAUUGCUACAGCGUGUUUUGAUAGGGAGAUAAACUGCCGGCGCGCCGCGUCGGCCGCGUUCCAGGAGAACGUGGGACGGCACGGCAUGUUCCCUUACGGCAUCGAGGUGCUGACGACGGCGGACUUCCACGCGGUGGGCCCGCGCGCGGCGGCCUACCUGCACGUGGCGCCGCGCGUGGCCGCGCACGGCCCGUACACGCGGCCGCUGGUGGACCACCUGCUGCACCUCAAGGUGGACCACUGGGACCCCGCGCUGCGCGACCUGGCCGCGCGCGCGCUCGCCCGCCUCGCUGACAAGGUUCCCGAUUAUAUGGCAACUGAAGUUCUGCCGGUAUUGAUAAAGAAAACAGAGUCGAUAGAUUUAAAUGUACGACACGGCGCAAUAUUGGCUAUCGGAGAAGUUAUCUUCGCUCUGUCUGAAAUUAAAUUGCCUGAUGGUAGCGCAGCGUCGUCGCUGGUGGUUGCGGGCGUGUGGGCGGCGGUGCGCGCGCUGGUGGGGCGGCUGCACGCGCGCCAGCAGUUCCGCGGGCUCGGCGGCGAGCUCAUGCGCCAGGCGUGCUGCCACUGCGUCGCGCGCCUCGCCGCCGCGCACGCGCCCUACCACACGCACUCCACCAUCGAUGAAUGGUUAAACCUGAUCGAGGAGUGUCUCGGCCACGAAGUUCAAGCGAUCCGCGAAAAGGCCAUAGAAGCACUACCACUAGUGUUUGAAGAGUAUCUCCAAGACGAUACAUUGGUGUAUGACGGCGUGACAGCUAAGGAUAAACGCAAGCAGCUGAUUGAGAAGUAUUGCGAACAGCUGUCCAACACUGGUGUCAACGGUUUGGUGCUGAGGAUGGGAUAUGCAAGAGCUAUCGGUUCAUUACCUCCAUUCGCGCUUGCGGAACACCAGUCCCUAGUCGUGCAUGCACUAGCAGCGUGCAGUGGGCCCACUCCGGGCACCACACAGUGGGCAGAAGCGCGCCGUGAUGCAGUACUCGGGCUAACUGCGGUGUGCCGAGCGUUGCCUGUGCGCACACUGGGCACACUGCUGCCCACUGUGUAUGCGGCGCUGUUAGCGGCGCUGGAGGAGUAUACUGUGGAUAUGCGGGGCGAUGUAGGUGCCUGGGUGCGGGAGGCGAGCAUGACUGGUCUAGCAACACUCUGCCGGCUGUGCGCGGAAGCAGACGCGGAAGACGCAGCCAAUGCCACAAGUGCAGCCGGCACGCAGAGGCUAGUGAGUGCGGAUGCUGUGCGGGCGACGCUGUGCGGAGUAUCGCAGCAGGCGGUGGAGAAGAUCGACCGCACGCGCGCGCACGCGGGCCGCAUCUUCACCGCGCUGCUCUACAACGAUCCACCAAUCCCCUACAUCCCGGAACACGAAGCGCUCAAGCGUAUCUUCCCAGCGGACGAAGUAGAAGUGGAGCCCAUAGCGGAGGAAGCACGUGGCACAGUCCCGGGAACAGUUCCCGGGUCUGGGGCCAGUGAGAGUUGCCACGUGGUGCUGUGGUUGUUCCCCGGGCAUACGAUGCCGCGGUUCGUGCGGUUGCUGGCCUUCCCGGAGUAUAGAUACCACGUGGUCAAGGGGCUGGUUGUGAGUGCGGGCGAGCUUACGGAGAGUCUCGUGAAACACACAACCCAAUCGCUAUUCUCAUAUCUGAAUUCGCUCCACGACGACCAAGAGACACUGAAGAGUAUAUGCGAUACGAUUAUACAAGUGUUUGCGGAUAAUUUACACGUGAAACGUAUCACUGGGCCGAUGUUCAACUUCCUUGAUCGGUUGUUGAGUUCAGGUGCCAUAUCACCAAUACUCGAGAACAAAGAAUCCACAUUCGCGAUGGACGUCCUCAAGUACUUGCAGCUUGAACUGAGAGGAGGGAAGAAUAUCUACAAGCUAUUGGAUUCUAUCAAUGUGCUGUGUCAAUUGAUUCAAGUGGGUGGUGCAGUCUGCUCGCGUGCGUUAGGCCAGCUAGCCGUGCAGCUGUGCUACGGCGAGCGCUACGUGCGUCGCUGUGCAGCCGCGAGGCUCUACGAGGCGCUAUCGCUCUACGGCGACGUGUGUGACCUGCCUGCUGAUACGCUCGACCAGGUGAUGGCAAUCCUUGCGGAUACAGACUGGGAGAGAGAUGUGAACGAGCUGAGACCUAUCAGGAAUGAAAUAUGUGAUCUCAUGGGCAUCAAGCGGCCAGUCAUGAAGCAAAAAGCGACCUAAUAUAUCCUGCAUUAGAAGUGGUUUUAGCAUAUCAAGUACACGAAGAGUGAAGCAAAGAUUUGGUCAUAAAUCAGUUGCAGUUAAAACUGAAAUGCUUGAUUGUCGAGUUUUAUUAACUCUAAUUGUAAUUCUUGCUUCAAUCUGUGAAAAGUGUUUUGAUUACGCUUAACGUAAUUAUAUAAUAUUGCUUCAUUAACCAAGACUAGAUAUUAUGAGCUUUAACAAUACUAUGCGCAAAAUUGUAACCUUGUUUGUGCCUUUUUGUUCGAACACGUCUUUAUUUUUAUUUUAUUUUUUUAUUUUAAAAGCGAUUCUUAUUUUAAUUUCUCAUGUUAUGAUAAAUGAAAUGCUUUAUUUAACUCAAUAAAAUAUUUAUUCUUAAAA